GCUGUUUUGAUGUAGUUAGACAAUGGCCCCUACAGAGGGCAGUCUGCCGAUGGUGCAGGCCAACAUGGGUAUUGGGGUAGGCACCAUCUCCCUGGCAACACUCAUGGACUUCAUAGUGCAGAGGACUUACCAUGAGCUGAAUAUACUCUCAGAAAUACUUCCUAGGAAAACAGACAUGGAAAGAAAGAUUGAGAUAGUGCAGUAUGCAAGCAGGACAAGACAGCUCUUCAUAAGGUUAUUGGCCCUUGUGAAGUGGGCUAACAGUGCUAGCAAGGUGGACAAAUGUGUGAAAAUCUGCAACUUUCUGGAGCAACAGUCCUUGUAUUUUGUGGAUACAGCUGACGUGUUGGCUCGUCUGUCGAGGGAAACCCUUGUCAAUGCAAGGCUACCCAACUUCUCUCUACCUUGUGCAAUAGAUGUGCUUACCCUGGGGACAUAUCCACGCUUGCCCACAUGCAUACGGGAGAAGAUUGUCCCUCCUGACCCGAUCACCCCCAUUGAGAAGAAGAAGGUCCUUCAGCAACUGAAGCAGGUCAUACAAUACAGACUGGUCUCAUGUGAGCUCCCACAACAGAUGAGAAAAUUGAAAAUUGAAAAUGGCCGCGUGAAGUUCCUGGUGGAGAACGAGUUUCAGGUGACCUUGACCUUGAUGGAGGACAGCCCUGUGAUCCCCUGGCGACUGCUGGACAUUGACAUCCUGGUGGAGGACCACGAGACAGGAGAUGGAAAAGCACUGGUGCAUACACUUCAGGUGGGGUAUAUCCACCGCGUGGUUCAGUCACGUCUCCUUGACAAUGACAAACCUCUACAUGACCUCUACCGGGUUCUGCACUCCUUCUGUCAGUCCUUGCAGUUGGAAGUGCUCAAUACACAGACUCAGAAGCUGAUCAGAGAGAGGCUGGGUGACUCACUGUCAAUAGACGAAUACUCAGUAGGGAAAUGUCUCACUGUCUCCUACUGGAGAGAUCAGAUGAAGAAAGACAAGGACAAGUCUCCAGAUGCCAUCAGAUACAAGCUGUCAGUGCAUGUGAACGAGGAAGAUGAUGACAAGCAGCUCUGUGUGUCUCACGUGCCUGCCAUGCUGCCAGAGGAGUGCAGGAGAGUCGGCGUGACCAUCCGCAGUGAUCACCUCUCCAUAGAACAGCUGCUCAUGCAGACCAUUGAAGUGCGCACGUUUACAAAGCUGAAGGAACUGUCGUACUCCAUACAGAGAUUUGUUGAAGGAAAAUGCGAGGUGAAGGACAUCCCAGUGGCCCUGCAUGUGCCUGUCCUGUACCCUUGUACGACCAGUGAGCAGCUUAGGAUAACCAUAGACGCUCAAAGGGGCAUGCUGCAGGCAGCGCUCCCGUCUGUAGAGUUACCAGUGUUGCAAGAACUGGAAGAGACUUUGAACGGUGACAAGAAGAACAUUCAGAAGCAUCUGGUCAAACUCAGACUGCAGCUGUCACUGAUGCGAUGUGAGAGGUCGGUGAACAGCUUGCACACAGUUGCUAGGAGACACCUGCCAUUGGUCAACCAGGCAGACCACGCUAUCAAGGACCUGCCCAAGCACCGCCUCUACAUCACCGUGCCCAAACAGAACAACCAUCAUGUGGUGGUGUGUGUAGAGGAUGUGCCACCUCGGUCGGUGCAGUUCCAGUACCACCUGCUGGAGACCACCCCCUGCACGGGAGAGGGGCUGGAGUCAGACGUGGGGGGCAUGGGGGAGGAGUUGCCCAUACGCUGCUUUAUGAGGGCCGGCAAGCUAGUGGCCCUGGACACCUUCACUUUCACCAACGGGCCCUACACCAGCAUUUACAAAGAGCCUGAGGAAGACGAGAUAGAGAGCUUCCACAGAAAGAGAAAGCUGUUGCUAGGAGAGUAUGUUGAGCCAGUGGGUAAGAAGUUGAAGACGUCUCCAUACAUCAUACCAGAACUGGUCCACAUUGUGGCAGCAUGUGAGGAGAAACUGCCCUUUGUAUUCCUGGGCAAGGAGUUGAAGGAGAAGGAUGUCCUGUUCACCAACAUCCAGGUUGACAAGGAGGCCAUGGGCCUGGUGAUGGACAUCAUCAAGUUUCCAGAUAUUGAAGGCUUGAGUAAGGAGGACUGUGAGUCUCUGAGAAGAUGUCUGCUGUCCUGCAAGGUGCGAAUAGUCACCAGGCCCGUCUGGCAUGUAGAGUUCCUUUUCAUAGACAGUGGGCUGGAUAUGGAGGGUGAGGAGCCCGCGGGCCCCACACAGCGGGUGAUCUUCUCCCACCCCGUCAACACGGACCACCAGCCCAUGGUGACCGCCCUGCUCAAUGAGUGGGUCGCCAUGGGGCACCUGUACACCGUCACCAGGCACUUCAGGGACAUGUACAAUGAUCCCCAGACGGGUUUGCACAGACUGGUUCAGGUGAAGGCCUUCAACUACAGAAAACUCAGUCUGCUCUACGGAAAUGGCUUCACAAGUCAGGUUCACAUUAACUGGAAGACAGAUGAGAAGCAGUUUGUAUUGUCAUUUGGUCGGCAAGGUUUCUCCAGUCCCAUGAACCCUCAUGUUUCCAUGACAACCCAGCUACAGCAUGAUCUUAACAACACCAGGUCACUGACCUAUCUGGUGCAGGUGCUUCAUGACACGUGGGAGCCAAUGAACUCCUUACACAAGCUGUCUUCAGCAGUCAUUCUAGGGGUCGGAACAUCGCCCAAGCAGUCGAUGCAGAGUUUCACAGUGAUACCACAGUCCUCCACACAUGUGAGAAUCUCCUAUCGCAGCAACUACUGCCUGGACGUACACCUGCGCAGUGGUAAUGUGGUGGCUGUGAGGGACGGGGCCUACAGCCUGUUUGACACCAGCAAGGUCACAGAGGGAUUCACACCCAUACCCAUGCUCAAGGCAUUCCUGGGCAUGUUUGUGGAUGACUCUGUUACCGGGGGUAACGUGAGGCGGCGCUCAGCCACUGAGGAUGACAAUCCCCCAUCUCCUAUCGGCAUGGACAACAUUGACGUGUUCAGUGUGACCCAGUCGCACCAGUCCUCGGGGUCACCGGGGGCCAGGCAGAGAGCUGAUGUUGCUCCCUCCCCCUCCACCUAUAUAGGCACGCCCUCCCCAGGGACCCUGCUGGCUACUGGUUCCCCUGGCAAUCCACAGCUGCAUGUCCCCUCCCCUGGCUCCUUUGUGCCGGCUCCAUCACCCAGCUCCCUGGGCAUACACAUGCAGUCUCCUGCCAGCGCCUUCAUCAGUCCGCAAGGUAUGGCUGACAGUGGGUCCCCCUACCCCAGUACGAGCCUGGCGAUGCCAUCACCGGGGCAGAGGAACUGGCCCAACUCCCCCAGCGUGCAGGGCCCCUCUCCGGCCUCGCGCCAUGGCAUGGUGGCCUCCCCUGGGCACCCCACCCUCCACUCACCAUUGGCCGGCAGCAAGGAUGACCAUAGUAAGGCUACAGUGUUGAGCCCUCCAUCACGUAUCCUGCCGCAACGUCAAUGGGCCGCCUCCACUCCCACCCUGCUGUCCCACCAGGCCUUUGACACCCUGCUGAGACCUUCCUCUAUCCAGCAGCUGGCCAUGCAUGUACCCCUGUCACCCCUGGAAAGGUUCCUGGGCUGUAACUUCAUACGCCGACAUAUCAUACGUGUCAUCAGUCAAGAGAAACAUUUGACUACGGUGCAGACUACAGAGCCAGGUGUGAACAUUUUCAAGGGAGAGACGCUGCAGUUCCGUGUGUCCCUGAACACCUCAACCCUGCAGACCCUGCACAUGAAGAUACAGCCUCUGCCUGAGCACAAAGACCAGUGGUCCCAGGAGGAGAUACAGCUGUUUGAGAAGUACUUUGACUUAAAGGUUGCUUGCCCACCCUACAAGUCCAAUGCCCUGACUGCAUUCAGUAGACUGUUGAAGGCAAACGUGACCAUUCUCAAGGACGUCAUACAGAUCAUGAGGCUGGAGCUGGUGCCCAACCAGGACCGCAAUGCCAAGUGGAGCUCCCAGCUGCUGUUGACUGUACCCCCCACGUACGCCCACAUAGCCCCGCCUGGGACACCAGCUAUUGUUGUGGUCGCCAAAAUGGUCCUCAUGCUGCAGUUGACAAGAAUUCUGGGUCCGGCUAUGCCAGGCCAGCCCGCCCCUGAACCUCUCAGUCUCACCAUCCCCCUGCUCUACAACAUACAGGAUAACAACAUUACCCUGGUGGAGAAGGGGACCAACAACAUCAACCACAACUUGACGCUGGUGAGCCAGCACUUGAAGCGGUUCCAGGACAGCCGUUUCCAUGCCAACCAGGAGUGCGCCAUCUACCCUGCCGUGAGGGAUCUGCUCACUAACCUUGUCCUGCCUUCAGGUGUCCAGGGAUUCCCUGGGCCCAGCGCCAAUAUUUGAGAUAUGUGUGACUUGUGGACACAGGGGUGCUUGAGAUAGGGAGUGUGUGACUUGUCCACAUAGGGAUGCGAUACUCGUCCUUUCUGCAGAUUUUCCUCCAUAGCUAUGCUAGCAUUUCACAACACAUACUUUUUCACUCUACAAUAUCUCUUUAAAAGUGAAGAGUUUUUUGGUAACCCAGUAUAGUGGUAGUAUGUAUUAUUUUCCUUUCCGGAGGUGAUACCAAAAUCCUACCCUUCGGACAGUGGCUGAAUGCUAUCAUGGGAUGAGAUGUGUAUUGUGGUUGUCAGAGAACAGCAUAUGUGAAAUACAAACACUGGAGAUCAAAAACACAUGUAAUUAAGUGUUUUAUACAGACAAACAUUAUAGAUGAUAAACAGUUGGAUGAUAGUGCAUAAUUUGAGUGCUAGAAUGUUUGUAAGAACAUUAGCGAUGUUGGCAUUAUACAAGUAGUGAACUGUAUUAAAGUGCUAUUUGUGGUAACUUCUUAAUACAUUACAUUAUGUAAUAAGUUCAGAAAUGUGUAAGCAUAAAUGCUGUUUACAAAUGAAUUUAAGUUUGAAAUUUAAAAGUUGUUCCUAUAUGUCAUGAUAUGCCAAAUUAGAUCUAGAGGCUCUCAUGUCAUUUUUUAUACGCCCGUUUUAAAAAAACGGGACGUAUUAUAGUUUGACCUUGGCGGCGGGCGGGCGGCGUCCACAGCAGUUUCCGCUCUCUAAUUCAAAUAGUUUUCAUCCGAUCUUCACCAAACUUGGUCAGAAGUUUUAUCUAGACAAUAUCUAGGUCAAGUUCGAAUAUGGGUUAUGCUGGGUCAAAAACUAGGUCACAGGGUCACUUAGUGUAUUUCAAGCAUUUAGCAUGGUUUCCGCUCUCUAAUUGAAGUAGUUUUUAUUUGAUCUUCACCAAACUUGUUCAGAAGUUGUAUCUAGACAAUAUCUAGGUCGAGUUCGAAUAUGGGUCAUGCCGGGUCAAAAACUAGGUCACGGGGUCACUUAUUGCAUUUCAAGCAUUUAGCAUGGUGUCCGCUCUGUAUAGAAGUGGUUUUCAUCCGAUAAUCACCAUACCUGGUCAGAAGUUGUAUCUAGACAAUAUCUAGGUCAAGUUCCAAUAUGGGUCAUGCAGGGUCAAAAACUAGGUCACAGAGUCACUUAGUGCAUUUCAAGCAUUAAGCAUGGUGUCCGCUCUCUAAUUGAAGUAGUUUUUAUCCGAUCUUCACCAAAUUUGGUCAGAAGUUGUGUCUAGACAAUAUCUAGGUCAAGUUCAAAUAUGGGUCAUUCCGGGUCAAAAACACACAAGGUCACUUAGUGCAUUUCAAGCAUUUAGCAUGGUGUCCGCUCUCUAAUUGAAGUAGUUUUCAUCUGAUCUUCACCAAAUUUGGUCAGAAGUUGUGUCUAGAUGAUAUGUAGGUCAAGUUCAAAUAUGGGUCAUAGUAAAGUUAUCAAGUUGUCCAAAACCUUCAAACGGGCGUAUCUUGUGACAGUUUGGCACUCUUGUUAUUAAUACUUUGUCACUUAAUUCUUGCAUACAAGACCAUUUUGUUAGUAUAUGCUGUAAAUAAACUCUAGGCAAGUGUC